CUCACACCACAUUGGUCAUAGAACUUUAUGUUUAAUUACACGUUCUUUAAAUAAAUUAGAUUAUAAAUAGGUCAACAAUUUAGUAAUGUUUCGUAAUAAGCCAGUCUUUCUUUAAACAUUUCUUGUCGGAUAACGUGGUUAUCACAGGUUAGCGCCGUUGAAUAACCAAUGAUAGGGCACUUUGCUCAGUCUGCGCAAACUUUCAAACAAGGAAGUGUUCUGUGUACAGCCGAAUAAGCAGGGAUGGCAUUCGGAAAAGUAGCGACUCACCUAGGUCUUUUUCAGAAAAUCCGUCUGAAGGCCAUUAUUCAAACUCAAAGAGUUGCCAAGGGAAGCUGUCCUGUUAAAGUGAGCCAUCUGGACCAUUUGGUGCUCACAGUGAAAAGUGUGCCUGACACUAUUCAAUUUUAUUCCUCUAUUCUCGGGAUGGAAGUCAUUACUUUUAAGGGCAAUCGUAAAGCUUUGGGAUUUGGACAACAGAAGUUCAACCUCCAUCAGCUGGGCCAAGAGUUUGAGCCUAAGGCGAAGCGUCCAACUCCAGGCUCUGCUGACAUCUGUCUCAUCACUAAAACCCCUUUGGCAGCUGUGGCCGCACACCUGAAAAUUUGUGGAGUUAAAAUUGAAGAAGGACCAAUUGAAAGAAGUGGAGCGAUGGGCCCUAUCACCUCUCUUUACUUCAGAGAUCCUGAUGACAAUCUCAUUGAAGUUUCAAACUACAACCAAUGAACAAAUGCUAUUGCUAAAUCUUCUGGCUGAUAACUCUAACUCUGUGGUUAAUGAACACAUCUUUUGUAAAUGAUUAAUUACUGUUAUAACAUUAAAACAUUUUAAUGCUGUGA